UGCGUGGUUCCAGUUAUCUAAGUUCAUUGAUCAUUUUAAACAAUAUUGUUAACAAGUCCUUUAAAUUUAUCCACUUGGAAACACUAAAAUAAUGCGUUGAUCAUUGCGUAACCAUGGACGCCGUCAGUUUCGUUGUCAACAUCACGACCCAGGCUCAAGCAACCGUUCUUAAUUAUAGAUCGAAAAUAAUCGAAGACGACCUGGCCGAAGUUUUCUUCCUGGUCAACUUCGCAAUUAUAUGCGGCCCCAUCUCCUUUGUCGGCAUCGUCGCCAACGUCAUCAACAUCGUCAUCUUCGUCAGGCAGGGUUUCCAAGACACGGUGAACAUUAGCUUCUUCUCCCUGGCCGUCUCAGACCUCCUGUCUCUCGUGGCUCUGCUCUGGGUGUCCGUCUGCUUCGUGCCGCCCUUUCGCUUCUCCGACAUCCCGUUCGUGUCGACGGACGUCCAGUAUCUGGCCGGGGGCUGGCCGCACGUCGUCUUCGCGAGGAUCACCGGCUGGGUCACGGCCUUCGUGACGAUAGAGCGCUGCCUGUGCAUAGCCCUGCCCCUCAAGGUGAAGACCAUCAUCACGGGGAGGCGCGUUGUCAUGUGCAUCGCCGUCAUCGUGCUCUUCGUGAUCGCCAGUGUCGCCCCGGCCUACUACACGAGCCGUCUGGCCUGGGUGUAUUUCCCGCAACGGAACCGCACGCUCAUUGGUCUGAUCUUCACGCCGGACCGAAACGAGGUGGAAGAAGUCGCCUUCGCGAUCAACAGCGUGUUCUCUCCCCUCGGUUCGUUCGGCGCCGUCGUCAUCAGCACCGUCAUCCUAGUCGUCAAGCUCAACGAGAAAACAAAAUGGCGCCAGCAGUCCGUGGCCGAUAAGGAUAAAAACGCCAACAUCUCGACAAAGGAGCAAAAGGUGGUAAAAAUGGUGGUGGGGAUAUCCACGAUAUUCAUCGUCAGUUUCACCCCGGCGGCCAUCAUCUUCUCGGCGAUGGCGAUGGAGCCCGAGUUUCGAGUCACGGGGUACUACGCCAACGUCAACAUCGUCGUCGUCUCGAUUUCGUUCAUCCUGGAGGCCGUCAACGCCAGCGUCAAUAUCAUCGUGUACUACAAGAUGAGCACACGGUACAGGGUGGCUUUCCUGGCGCUCUUCAGCAUCAACACUUCGGAAACUGUUUUUGUCUCUUAA